AUGGAAACGCCAAAACCCAAAAAAUACGUCUCUGCCGACGAUCUCUACCGCCGAUCGACGCAGUACCAGGUCUGGUCGUUUACUGCCAGCGAGCUUGAGCGCAAAAAGGCGGCGGCCAACGAAAAAGGCCGAGCGGCGGCCGUUGGGCGGUUCGAAGACGCCUUCAAGGCGCUAGAAGCAGAAAAACCGGCGCUUGUGGCCUCGCAUGGCGCCCAGUUACGCAGCUGUAUCGAGCUCAUCUCGCUUGAAGAGGAGCAGAAGUAUCUCUCCUUCUUCUGCGGCCAGAUUGUCCAGAUCUGCACGCAUUUCCAAAUGCCCACUCAAGUGAAGGCCACCGCCAUCUCUUUCUUCAAGAAGUUCUACUUGGUCAACUCGGCCAUGGAGUACCGGCCCCGCAAUGUCUUGUACACCAUUGUGUUUCUUGCGGCGAAGCUGGAAAACCACUUUGUGUCCAUCGAGUCCUUCUGCUCCAAGAUCCCCAACACAAAGCCCCAGGACAUCUUGGAGUUGGAGUUUGCGGUGCUCCAGUCGCUCCGCUUCACGCUUCUCGUCCACCACCCGUUCCGCCCGUUGUACGGCUUUUUCUUGGACUUCCAGCACGUGCUUUUGCAUCCGGAACCCGUGUUCCCAUCUCUUUCUGUCGACACGAUCGGCAACCUCUACGACACGGCGAAAAAAUGGCUCAACGACCAUGCGUUGCUCAGCGACGCCUCUUUUCUCUUCACGCCGCCCCAGAUUGCCCUUGCGGCGCUCUAUGCCGUGGACCCGAAACUCACAGAGAAGUAUCUUCGGCGCAAGUUUGCCAAGGAAAGAAAGCAGGAGAAGGCAGCGAAACUAGAACCAGUGAAAGAGGAGAAUGAGUCGGCCAAUGGCAAAGACGAGCCAUCCAAAGAGAAUGGAGCUUCUGAAAAUGGCAAUAAGGAAAAAGACAGCUACGAACUUUUGCUCUCUACAAUCAAGGAAUGCAUCCAGGUGGCCCAGACGGAAACGAAAACGUCUCGGGAGGAAAGCACGCUUAUAGACAAAAAGUGUUUUUUCGCUUUGAACCCGGCCAAGCUCUUGAAGAAGAAAAUCAAGUCGCUCGAAGAGAAAUAG